AUGAUCUAUGUAAUUCUUUUUUUUUUCUUUCUUUCUUUCUUUCUUUCUUUCUUUCUUUUUUCUUUCUUUUUUCUAUCUAUCACAGUUUGUUCUAUCUAUCUAUCUAUCUAUCUAUCUAUCUAUCUAUCUAUCUAUCUAUCUAUUUCAGUCUAUUCAUAUCUGUCACUCUAUCUCAGUCUAUUCCUAUCUAUCUAUCUAUCUAAUUUCCAAAUCUAUCUAUCUAUUUUAUUAUCACUCUAUCUAUCUAUCUAUCUAUCUAAUUUCCAAAUCUAUCUAUCUAUUUUAGUCUAUUCGUAUCUCUCUCUCUCUCUCUCUCUCUCUCUCUGUUUCUCUCUUUAUAUCUGUUUAUUCAUAUCUAUCUAUCUAUCUAUCUAUCUAUCUAUCUAUUUCAGUCUGUUCAUAUCUCUCACUCUAUCUCAAUUGAUUCCCAUUUCUUUCUCUCUCUCUCAAAGCAAUAUCAAGUUUCUAAAAAUUAACACAUGUACACAUGCAACAACACACAAAUCCCUUUCUCUUCAUGCUAUCUCCCUCUCUCUCUCUCUCUCUUUAUUUCUCCUCUCUGUCUCUCCCUCUCUCUCUCUCUCCCUCCCUCUCUCUCUCCCUCUCUCUCUCCCUCUCUCUCUCCUCUCUCUCUCUCUUUCUCUCUCUCUCUCCCUCUCUCUCUCUCUCUCUCUCUCCUCUCUCUCUCUCUCUUUCUCUCCCUCUCUAUUCCCCAAUCUCUCUCCCUCAUCUCUCUCCCUCUCUCUCCCCUUCUCCCUCUUUGCCUCUUAUCCCUUUCUCUCAUUCUAUAUAUAUAUAUUUAUCAUUGACUGUAAAUAUUCACUUCUUCGUAAUUCUUCUAUUUCUCACUCAUACUCUCACUUAAAUUCUAUUUCUUUAUUCAUUUAUCUCUCCUGCCCUCUCUCUCUCUCUCUCUCUCUCUCUCUCUCUCUAUCUAUCUAUCUAUCUAUCUAUCUAUCGAUCGAUCAAAUCCCUCUAUCUCCCUGGCUGUCAGUCUGA